AUAGCUUGUUUAGUUUACCAAACACACCGCAAUUGGAAAUGAUGGGCAUGUAUAAAUCAGUCCCCUGCACUGAUCAUGUACUCAAAGCCAUGCAACUCAAAACUACAACCUAACCAACAAUUUUACAUCGCCACUAGGCUUCUGAGACACACUCAACCAAAGCUAUUCAGCCACUUUCCAUCAUUCCAUGGCCUUAAGAGGGAUUGACAUGGCUCUAGCCGUGGUCCUAGUUAGCAUUCUAUCUGCAAGAGCUGCUGCUCAAUCAGGUUGUAACAGUGUGCUCGUUGGCUUGGCUCCAUGCCUCAAAUAUAUCACAGGAAGCUCCUCAACCCCAUCUUCUUCCUGCUGCUCACAACUUGCUAGUGCCGUACAAUCCCAGCCACAAUGCCUUUGCACGGCGCUUAAUGGUGGUGGCGCAUCAUUGGGUAUAACAAUCAACCAGACGCUUGCUCUUGCGCUCCCAGGUGCUUGCAAUGUGCAAACUCCGCCCGUCAGCCAGUGCAAUGCUGCUAAUGGACCUGCACCAUCCCCUGUCGCUUCCCCACUAAGUUCGCCGGAAGGUGUACCUAAUGACUCAUCAGAUCAAACUCCAAACCCUGCAACUAGCUCAUCAGAACCAGGACCUGGAUCUAAAUCAGUUCCAACAACAGUCACGGGUUCUUCCAAUGGUGCUAUUGUAAUGAAUCUCGAGAUGCCCCUUCAGCUCGCCCUCCUUUUCCUCUUCAUUGCUACGUAUAAUUAAAUUUUCUGCAGCUUCUGAGUUUUCUUUGGGAGUUUUUGGGGGCUGUAACUACUAUUUGAGGUUUUGUUUUGUGUCUUGCAUCAAUGUAAUAUCUUCUGUAAAAUUUUUAUUUUUCGCUUACUAUAAUGUAUGACUGUUCUUCUUAUCGAAAAUAAUGUAUAAGUGUUCUUCUUA